CUUGCUGACGAACUUAAGGCUCAGGGAGCUUUAAAGCACCCAAUCCUCUCAGACAGUGUCAAAUUUGCAAUUAGCGAUGAUGGAGAGGCGAGCGAGGUCGGAGAAGCGGAAGAUCUAUACGCAGUUCCAGUUGUGACUCUUUUCUAUGAACGUUGCAAAUCACAAUUCACUGACAUUAAAAUGGUGUCUCCAGAUUGGGUUGUUGAUUGUAUAAAAGCCCAAGAGUUGCUUGACUGCGAGAAGUAUGACGUCGAACUUCUCAUUAAGCCCACUCCUCCAAAGCCUCCAAUUAUGCCUAAGUCAAUAGCCGCUCCCAUCCAGCUCAUUGAACAGUCUCAACCAAAGCAGUUGACCCCAAAUUUGCCACAACAACUUGGAGGAAUCGGGACUUCUGUCCCAACAAUUAGUUCUUCGUUGGACGGAGCUUCUAGCAGUUUGGCCUCACGUAUUAUUUCCACCAACGCAGGUACAUUUAUAAAUUAUUUAUCUGUGUUAUCCUUUCUUUUUAUAGGGUUAAUUGGAUUUGCUCCGGGUAAUGUACCCAUUGUUUCCCAGCCUCAGGUAACGGCGGCCUUUCAUCAUCAGCAAAUUCACCAUCCGCCAGAACCGAAACCAACCAAAAGUUCGGGGAAAAGCAAAGCCAAUAAACAUCCAAGUGAACAGGGGCUGAACGAGGAACAAAAGCAUGCAAUUGUUAUGCAAAAUGUGAAAAAUAUACUCAGUCAACAGGCCAAUUGGAACAAGGAUAACUCUCAAAAUCGUUGUGACACUGGGCAGAUGCCGGGGACUUUCCUCCCCACGGGGUCAACGCCUAUUCCAACUGGUGGAGCUCAAAGAAAACCUAAGUCCCCGAAAUCUCCAGGCAACCGUGCUGCCAAUCAGGCAGGUGGAAUCGGUGGUGGGGGGUCAGUCUCCAAGGCGGGUGCUGGCAGCCAAAAGUCGCCAAAGGGCAGCAUGAAAAAAACCGAGCUGGCCGAGAUCGCAGUUGCUCCUGCAGCUUCUCUUAGCCAACAACCCCAGCAACAGCAGUUCACGACAGUAACUGUUGAUGCGGCUAGUGGAGCAGCCCCAUUAUUUCCGCAUUCUACAGCCGCAACUGUUUUAGUUGCGACCGCAAAUCCGGGUGUCCCCCAAAUGAAUACGGGGUCACGAGUGCCAUCAGUGGCACAGCAAACUGGAGGUGCCCCACAAACGCCUGCUUUCUUGCUUCAGCAGCAGCAACAGCAGUACCAGCAACAGGCCUUACUAGCUGCUCAAAGUGAGUGUGUGGCGUUACUCUCAGCCCUAACACAGCGCCUAAUUUUCCCCGUAAUAACUUGUGACAUAUUUAAACACUUAGGUCAGUUUCAGAAGAAUCGAACGGCAUCCGUCUGCACCCCUCAGCAAGUUCAGGUGUCACCUGUUCUACUCCAAGGCACACAGCCCACAGGAGGACAAGCUAGAACAGCAACGUUUAUUGUUCGUGCUCCCUCGGCUCCCGAUAUCCAAAUGGCACAAUCCGCAACCACAGCGGAGAGUGUUCAGGCUCUUUUAGAGGGUAGCAGUGGCAAGGAGGGCACAAUUACUCAAGGCGUCACUACCACAGCCGCGCAGCAAGUGCUCCUGCAACAGGGCCAGCCGUCUCAGCAACAAAACCUCAUCCAAUUGCAGCAGCAGCAACAGCAGCACAACCGCGUUCCUUCUCCCACUGGUGGCGGUUUACUGUCUUCUGUUUUUAUCCAGGGCAGACAACCUCAAUCACAGCAGUAUAAACAGCCCUCCGGACAAAUACAGAUGCAGGUUUCGGGCCUGCAGCAGCCACAACAAACCAUUAGGCCACAGCGCGCCGCUCAGGGCAUGAAGCAAACACUUCCACAAGGCCAACAGGGUCAGCAGCAGCAGUACGCCCAACUGGCCCAGCAAGUGAAAGCCAAUCACCAGCCGCAACAACACUCGCAUCAAUUAGGACAUCAACAAAUAAUCAUUCAAACCUCUUCAGGCGUACAGCAAGUCGUUACUGCUCAAGAUCUUGGUAAUGCUCAGUAUAUCGGCACGGGUGGUGCGCAGAUGAGGGCGGUUGCGAAUUCGGGAGCAGUCCAAUGUGCGUCCCCUCGACCACCCCUUGGGUCCCCGACCUACACGCAAGCACAAGUUAUGACUGGCAAUGGCUCCGCCCCCUCGAUUGUCUACCACAGCACGGCAACGCCAGCUGGAGGCAUUUCCGCAGACGCCAUGUCUGCUUGUGUCACCCAGCAGGAACGGGUCACUUAUGUAGCCUCGGUACAGCAACAGCAGCAACAACAGACACAAACGGUGGGCGGAAGGCUGCAGCAGGCAGUGGUGCAGGGCCAGCAGGUGCCUCAGCAGCAGCAGCAGACGCUGAUCAGUGUGACUGGCCCUAGACCCAGGCCCGGAGGGACGGGCGGCCAGCCCUCUAUAAUCCAGACCCAGCAAGCGAUGGCCAUUCAGCAAGGACAGUUUUAUGGACAACCGCAGGCCCAAACGCAGCAACAGCAAAGAAUUAUUGUGCAGUCGCCUCACGCGCCGGGAUCCAUCCAACAGAUUACACCGCCUCAGCAGCACUGCAUGGUCUCCCAAAGUGAGUUUGCGCUGAUAAACUGUCAGCUGCAAAGUCAAUUUCAGCAACAAUUGCCACAGGGCGGGAAUUUCCUCCAGCAACAACAACGGCAAAUGAUUCCACAGUCCCAAUCCCACCAACUACCCUCCGGCCACCAGCCUCAAAGCUCUCGUGCCACUGUUGCUCAGUUGGUCGCUGGCGCCCGUGGUCCGGCCGCUACGGCAUCGCAAAUUUGUCAAAUGAUGGCAGCUGCAGCAGUCAAGCAGCGUCAUAUGGUUCCGCCAGCACCGCAGUACCGAGGCGUCGUUGCCCCGACGCGCGCACCAGACUCCACUGCAGGAGGCUACGUCCAAACGACUGUGCGAGCCCAGCAACCGGCCAUCGCGGGAACGCAAGUGGCCACUCAGCCCGCUCCUCCCCCACCGCCCGUCUUCCAACCGCCUGCAUUCCGUGGCCACGUGGGUUACCCCUGUCCAACGUCUGCACAGGAUUGCCUCAUUGGUUGCGUAAUGCUCCUACUAGGCUAUCACUCCUUCGGCGAGGCACAGAAAACCCUUUGGAAGAAAAUCAUUAGGUCGUAUGGCGCGGAGGUUGUACCCACUUAUGACCCAGCACGUGUCACACACGUUAUAGUCGAUUGGCAGUUAGAGGAACCCGAUCUUAUUAAACAGGUAAGUCUGCUUGAAACAUUCGAGGAGCCACUUCCCGUCACCAAACUUGAGCGCCUUCUUUGCAGCAGUAAGGUGGAAGAAUCCCCAAGCCCCGCGAACACAACAAGCACUGAAAUACCCAUUACAGAUGAUUCCGCAAGUCCGUGUCCCUCCCCUACAAUCCUCGUACCUCCUGCUAUAAAGGAUAAAAUUUUAGAUUUUUAUCGGUCUUCAAAAAAACCUUCACCUGUUCGUCGAAGCGACGUGGGACUUCCUCUAAGACAUGAGCCUCCAGCACCAGUUUAUCGGUCCAAUCAGGAGGUUGUCUGGAGAUUUUUGGUGCGAGACUUUCACGGCCGCAUGGGACAGACACCGGACAGGCGUCUUGUCGCCACACUACGUCGCUACGAGGGGGUUCGCGCCAAGUGGGUGGCGUGCUACCAGGAGAACUGUCCUCGAGUGCCCUGUCACUUCUUUUACCUCCACGCGCGGUCGUGGGACCAGUUGCGUUGGGUCGCCCUUCGGGAUAGAAAACGUUUGGUUACGAUUUACUGGGUAAACGAUGUCCUGGCCAAAGGCAGACUAGUCCCACCCUACGAGAUUCUUCACCUUCCUUCUCCCUUCUCGCCUGAAAUCACUUUUUCAUUUAUUCGGUCACAGGUAAGUGCCACUCUCCGGACCACUCACGAGUGCCGCCCUAACUACUCGCCUGACCAACCACUAACCGCCAGAACCGUGUAUGAAUUAGCUGUAAUUUCUAUCACUGGUUUCGAAGGUAUUGAACGCCAGAAGGUUGAACUCCUCAUAAAACAGCUGGGUGCCUCUUUUACGGAUUACCUAGACCAAAUGAACACUCUCCUUAUCUGUAAACGGUCACUAAUGCGCCAGCCCUGUCCUAUUUCCCUUCUCAACAGGCCCCACGGCAAAAAGUACGAGAUGGCCUCCCUCUGGGGCAUCCCCUGCGUCAAUGUCCGCUGGCUUCAGGACCUGUAUCUGGGCGACUUGUCUGCCAUUUCCGCGGACCUGGCUCACAAGUAUCUCUGUUUCGACGCAAUGGACGUCACCAUUGCCCUAGAGAUGCGUACGCCUCGAGCUCAGGAACUCAUGGUCGGUUGGCAACAGGGCAUUUGUGUAACCUCAGAGUCGUGGGAGCACCUCAAGAAACUGCGCAGUGAGCUGCGUCAGGAAGACCGGGAGGAGGAGGAAGAGGCUGCGGCCCGCAAAAAUCUCCAAAAGGAGGAUAGUGAAGACAAUGACGCGGAUAAGGAGAAUAGGUAUGCGGCUGCUCAAUUAAAUUGGACGUUCUUGUCUUGCGUUUUGCUUGCGCUGCUCUUCCCUUUAAAAUUAUCGGGUCUGGAAGCCUUUUUCACACGUUUGCAACAAUCGCGGCAUAUUUCACUCAUCGUCGGUCGUAUUUCGCUUAGUCUAACGGCAGAAGAGGUGGAACUCGCCAAGACGGGGAUGCUGCGUGAGACUUUACUCCGGCAAGAGUGCGAAAGGGCGGCAGCCCACCGCACCGCCGUUGCUGCGGCCGCGGCUCUGCAAGCCCCCGCCCCCCAACACUCCACUGCAGCCGCCUACCCCGCGGUUUUCGCCCCUCCCGCCGCCCCCCAGUACUCGAACCCGACCCCAGCCCUAAACCACCAGCUCCAGACGUCGACACUGGCGCUGCCCCCGUCGGUCUCUUCUACCACCCCCGUACCCCCUGCUCCGACGCCACCUCCGCACACCGCUACCGCCCAAGAGGAGUCGUCGGCACCCACAGUGCAAUCAGGUUCAGAUUUCCACCACUUUAAACGCCAGCAUAGUCCACCCAAUCCUGAUGGCCGGACUUCACCGCCUCGCAAGCGACUGGCGCAGGGCCGUCCACCGAAUUCUGUCCCUCCUCCUCUUCCGGAUUUUACCGUCGAAGAGGCUCGACGGCCUUUGUCAGCGGGUCCCUUAUCAACAGAGAAUGCUAAGGAUCCUGAGACUAAGCCGUCACUUGUCCACGUCAGUUUGUCGUCGUCACAGCCAGAAGAGGCCUCCCCAAACCCAACGAAGCAUAAUGUUCCUCCUCUCCCUCCCUCGCAAACGCCACAGCCGACACCUCCUUUCGAUCCUCCACCAGCACCGCCACCGAAGCCUGAUAUUGCCGUUGACCUGGAAGUCCGGCUGGUCUUUACGGGAAUGGACACUGAAGCCCGCCUGGGUUUGUUGCAGUUGCUGGCCCAAAUGCCCAAGACGGGCAUUGCGCCUUACCGGCUUGUGGAAAACGUUAGUGAGGCGACACACGUGAUAACUGAUCGUCUUGUGAGAACACCAAAGAUCUACAUGGCCGUGGCCUUUGGUUGCGCCAUCGUAACCCCGAAGUGGGUGCGAGCUUGUCUUGUUCGUGGGGACUGGCUCGGUAUGUGGGCGCUUUCUGAAUCUGAUUGGCUCCUGCGCGAUUCCGAAGCAGAGGAGAACCUCGGCAUUUGUCUGGCAGAGUCCCUUCGCAUUUCCCACGAGCGUCGUUUAUUGGGCGAACCAGGUCUCUUCUCAGACCUGGAAUUCUGGUUCGCACCCAAGGCAUAUCACCGGGAGGUCUGCGAGCAGCUUGUUCGCGCCUGCGGUGGCCGAGUCCGUGAACGACGACCAACCCAAAAAAUGGCCCUCCUCCCCAUUCCCCGACAGAUCAUCAUCUGUCACGAAGAAGAGGCCCACGUGGCUUCUUAUCUAAUGCGAACGAAAACUGGUAAUCGGGCGGUUCACCACGAGGAAUUCAUCUUGAGUGGCGUGCUGCGUCAACAACUGGACUUCGAUUCCUACCAGAUCCAGUACGUGAGCAGCCAGUUUGCCGAGUUGCAGGCGGCCAUAUCGGUGGCCUGCACGAACCUCGCUGCGAGCGGCCCACCCCCACGUCUCCCCGCCCCCCAGGAGGUUCCGGUGCCAGUUCACAUGCGUCCCCCACCACCGCCGCCGCCGCCGCCUCCUCCCGCUCCGUCCUGCGUGCUGCUUGUCUCGGGCGCCGAAAACCAGCAGUCGCCAGUCAUGUACUACAUUUCCUCCGGCUCAACCAUAAGCUCAGCCCCCCGCACAGUGUCCUCCUGUGCUGCGGCUGGCCACGAGGAGCCGCUGACGCUUCACCUGCCCGAAGGUGUUUCUGCUGUCGUAGUGACCGGAGGCGAGUCCGGUGGCGGUGGCGUCGUCGAGGAAGGCCUCAAUGCUGCGCGUGUUGCUGCAGCGGAUGCUCAUGUCGUUGCGUCGGCGACCGCUGCUCUGACCACGACGACGACAAACAAUCCCGCCGUCAUUGGUGACAAUGAAGCCCCGCAUAUUGCCGCCACUCCCGUUCGAACUCAAGUCACCCCCGAGCCUCGUCAUCCCCCACCUCCUGUCGAUGUUAGUUGA